AUGAAAGCGGUCGAAGAAACAAUCAAUCGAAGCGAAAGAUGUUUUGACCGUCUGCAGCGGACUUUACUGUGUGAUGGAUGUAUCCCCCGGAAAGGGUUGUCAGUACAGGUCAUCGAAGGAUUCCUCAUACGUCUGGCAAGUUUGGAUUCAAACAAUCGAUUUGGUGGUAUUUCUGUUGGCGCAGGUGAACGUGAAGGUCGUGUAAUAUCAUCGUUAGUUGAGAAAUUACAUUACGGUUUUGCACAUGGUAUUGGUAGAUCUGGAAAUCUAACAGAAGGUCAACCAAAAGCAGUUGGUUCUACAAUUUUAUCCACAAUUGCCAAUAAUUUAGCCCUAGAUGCAAUUAAGUUUCUCGGAAUUCCUAGUACUAAGGCAGCUAUGGUGGUUCCUGUAGCCACGGGUAUGUCGUUAUCAGUUUGUUUGGGUUCAUGGAGACACUAUAAACCUCAUGCAAAAUUUGUAGUCUUUCUACGUAUAGACCAGAAAUCUUGCCUAAAGUCAAUUUUUACUGCUGGCUAUGAGCCCAUCAUCAUUGACAGUGUUCCGGGAACAGAAACAAGUGAUAGUUUAACAACAGAUCUGAUUAAUUUGAGGACAGUUUUGGAAAAACAAAACCACGAAAUCAUAGCUGUACUGAGUGCUACAUCUGGCUUCGCACCGCGUGAACCAGAUAAUUUGAUUGCUGUUGGUGAGCUAUGCAAGCGAUAUGGUGUGAAGCAUUUGGUAAAUAAUGCUUAUGGACUGCAGUCACCAGAAUGCCGAAAAAGAAUAGAAGAAGCUGGGUCAUCUGGAUAUAUUGAUGCUUUUGUACAGUCUACCGACAAGAAUUUCUUAGUACCAGUUGGUGGUUCAGUUGUAGCAACUUUCAGUAAAAAAGCAUUAGAUAAUAUCGCGAAUUUCUAUCCAGGACGAGCUUCAAUGGUACCAUCACGGGAUUUGCUUAUUACACUGCUGCAGAUAGGUAAAACUGGAUUGAAACAUCUUUAUGAAGUGCAGCAGAACAACUUCGAAAUACUCAGUACUGCUAUGCAAGAUUAUGCAGAAUCGAUUGGUCAGAAAGUUCUAGAGGCAAAGUCAAAUCGAAUUUCCAUCGCAGUAACAUUGCAAGGUUGGCCAAAAAAUGAUCAAAGUGCUUUCGGUGCGCGAUUAUUUAGUCGUGGUAUUACUGGUGCUCGAGUGAUACAAAAAGGAUUAAUAAAAAAAAUUGACGGUUAUGAAUUCGCCAGUUUUGGAUCACACUCAUCACUUGGAAAUUAUGAUUAUAUCAAUGUUGCCUGUGCAAUCGGCAUGACUACGGAAGAAAUUGAUCAGCUGAUAAUGGUUCUUAAGAGUGAAACACCGAAAUGGGCAUUUACUUCAUUAAAGAAUAUCGACAAUGGUAAUUUAUCUAUCAUUCAGUAUGAUUUGGCGAAGAAACUCAUCUUCUAG